UCGGACGGAUUUCAAACAGAGAUCAAGAGUAGACCCCCUGACUACACAUCUUUGUUCGAAAACAGAACAAGAUACGUCAAUGUGGUAGCUUGAUGUGCUGGCGUGUGUACACUAAUAUAAAUCUUAUAGAAAAUAGCAUUAGAAAACGCGACAAUAAAUUCCAGGCAUUAUAUUUUCCAAUGUCAGCCGCCCGUUAUCUAAAAGAUGUAUUCUGAAUUGUCUUAUGGACAAUUAAUGGGCGUAGCGAUUGCAAUUAGCAAUAAGAUGCCGGAACUAACAGUCACUUCUGAGAUAUAUGAAGAAUAUGAUUAUAGGAGUAAAGUACCACCAAGUAUUGAAGGAAAUGUGAUCUCAGAAUUUCCAUUUUUACUGCCAAAACCAGGAAGCAAAGCAAAAUUUGACGAAGAUAACGAUUUGGAUAUGGAAAGACCACAGAAAGAAGUUAUAAGGAUUGUUUCAGAACAUAGCGCUAAAACGAAAAUAGCACUAGUAGGUUUACAAGUAUGGCGCGGGGCGUUCCUACUCGGCGACUUGCUCAUUCAUCUCGGUUUGCAAGGAGAACUGCAGAACAAAAUUGUUAUGGAGUUGGGAGCUGGAACUGGACUAACGAGUUUUGUUGCUUCUAUUUAUGCUAAGAAGGUUAUUUGUACAGAUAUUGACUUAGGAGGCAUUCUCGCUUUAAUAAAAUUAAACGCGCAAUACAAUGCAAAACUGAUAAAGGCACAAUUUAAAAUUAUGCAAUUGGACUUCAAAGAGACAUGGAAUAAAGAACUUUCUAACGAGAUUGAGCAAACUGACGUAUUUAUUGCUGCAGAUGUAAUAUACGACGAUGACGUCACUGCAGCAUUCAUAUCGACUAUACAGAAAAUACUGAACACCAAACCUCCUAAAACGCUGUAUGUUGUACUGGAGAAGCGAUACGUAUUCACUAUAGAACAUCUCGAUAAUGUAGCACCAUGUUAUGAAACAUUCCUCAGUCUACUAGACAAGGUGAAAACAGAAAACGCCAAAGCCACUUGGACCGUUGAACAACUACCUCUCAACUUCCCCAAAUAUUUCACCUACGAUCGCGUUAAGGAACUUGUUUUAUGGAAAAUAUCAUCCAAACCCUUUUGAAAGACACGACUGUGAUAG